GCUUCUACCGUUGUUGGCUAUUCUAAGGCUGAGGAUAGCCCCAGAAGCCCAGCCUGUAAAACACUACCAUGUUCUGAUAACCAUAGUUGGGCAAUCAAGCAAUGUUGAUUUCUAUGGCAUCGUUUUCUCCUCCGACUCGACUCUCAACCACUCCUUCAUCGCACAGUAAAACUUAUCUCAGCCACAAAUCCUUCAUCUCCCUCAGGCCCAAGAACCGAUUAUUUCUUCCCUCUACUUGGAAGGCUUCUGCAGCUGAAAAUGGUAUUGGAACUUCAGGGUCAGCUGCAACCGUAGUGGAAGUGGAACCUCAAACAGAGCAGUUGGCCCCGGAGCCUCCCCCGCCGGUGCCGGAGAAGAAUGAUGGCCCUGCCGGAAAUAACGGGUCCGUUGCGGCAGUGGCCGAGGAAGUGAAGGUGUUCUGUAAUUUCGAGGACCCAAGAUGGGUUGGAGGUACAUGGGACUUAAAGCAAUUUCAGAAAAAUGGCGGGACCGAUUGGGAUGCUGUUAUUGAUGCUGAGGCUCGGAGGAGAAAGUGGCUUGAGGAUAACCCAGAAUCAUCCAAUAAUGAAAGCCCUAUAGUUUUUGACACCUCCAUAGUACCUUGGUGGGCAUGGAUGAAAAGAUUCCAUCUCCCUGAAGCUGAACUGCUUAAUGGUCGUGCAGCAAUGAUAGGAUUCUUUAUGGCCUAUCUGGUGGAUAGCUUGACAGGAGUAGGUCUAGUUGACCAAAUGAGCAAUUUCUUUUGCAAAACUCUUCUGUUCAUAGCGGUGGCGGGGGUUCUUCUGAUCCGAAAGAAUGAGGAUUUGGAUAAUCUCAAGAAGCUAUUGGAAGAGACAACAUUUUAUGAUAAACAAUGGCAAGCAACCUGGCAGGAUGAGAACUCGAGCAGUUCCAAAACCGAAUAGUGGGAUUUCUGUUUUGUAGUUCCCACCUUCCCCCUUCUGUCUUUUAAAGUAGUAGUCUAUUUAUCUUGUUUGCCCUAAGCAAUGAGAAGAAUGUGAACCGGACAUUGUAUCUCAAUUCUUUCUGUCAUUUUAGUGCAGAUGAAUGAUCCAAAUGCUCAUUCAGAUAGUUUCUAUAUGACGUACGUGUGU